AUGUCUGGACAAAGUGCAUGGGUUAGUGUGGAUCUGACACCAUUUGUUGUCGUGCUGAAAGACCUGCUUAACUUCGAACAGUGCCUCGAUCCUGCCGGGCGCUGCUUUGGCCCCUUCCGCGUGUUAUUCUCUCAAGUAUUCUACGAGUCGUCGUCUUCGUUCGCGCUCGUGAAUCUCAAGCCCAUCGUUCCAGGACAUGUUCUGGUCGUGCCGAAGCGACCAGUGGCUCGGUUCAAGAUGCUCGAUGUGGACGAAGUGAGCGAUCUGUGGACCGUGGCUCAACGGGUCGGCAAGCAAGCGGAGCGACAUUACAACGCAUCUUCUCUCACUUUCGCUAUCCAGGACGGCAAGGAGGCGGGCCAAACCGUUAAGCACGUCCACAUCCAUGUCAUCCCGCGCGUUGCACAGGACUUCGAGCGCAACGACGACAUCUACACAGAGAUCGAAAAGCACGAGCAGGCUUUGUUCGUAGACAAUGAGACGCGCACGGCGCGCUCCGAAGCGGAAAUGGCUGCAGAAGCCGAUCAGCUUCGCCCCCUUUUCUCGUAG